AUGGCGGCUUUGUAUCAAAUGACCGCCAUCUUGUUUUUAUCAAUUGUGUUAUUUGCUGUCGGUGCUGUCGCUGCUGGAUGUGACGUGGAAGAUGUGGCUGUGUAUAAAGUGUCAUUGACCAUGCUCUGGAGUGAAGAGAGAUUUCCAAAAGACUAUCCUCAGAAUCGGCCUAAAGCGCAAUGGUCCCAGGUAUUCGGACAAUCCCACAACGCUACCUAUCAACUUUAUCGGGUGGGAGAAGUAGCUCGGUCAUCGGUGCAUGCCUUCUCACAAUUUGGUAAAAUUGAUGAACUGGUUAAGGAAGGAGAUGAGGAUCCUAAAGUCUACGAUCAAUUCUCUGCACCAGCUAUUGGGUUUGGUACUGGACAAUCGGAAAACAUGGUAUUCGUUGAUGGAGGACACAGUUUAGUGUCGCUGAUAUGCCAUAUGAUUCCAUCUCCAGACUGGUUUAUUGGUGUUGAUGGUCUAAAUCUUUGCGUGGACUCUUCUUGGGUAGAUCAAAUCACGCUUGAUUUGGAGCCUCUAGACGCUGGUAUAGCUAGCGGCCUGACAUUUACAGCACCCCGCUGGGAAACGUCCCCACCUGAACCAGUAACAAAACAUAAACCUAGGAGACCCAAUCAUCCUGCAGCUGGAUUCUACUACCCUGACCUGAAAGAACUGCCAACAAUUGGUAAAGUGGAAUUUACAAAGGUUAAAGAGUACACAACUAAAGAAUUGAACGAUCUCGCUAGAAAAGAACUAAUAGCUAUGCUGAAAUUAAAAAACCAAUAUAAAGGCUUACCAAGAAAAACAAUCAAAAACCAAGACAAUGCUGACAAUGAUUUUAAUAAAGAAAUUGAAGAAGUCAACGAUGCUACAACUAAAAGCAACGAGGACAAAUUAAAGGAUUUAGAAGAAGAUCCUGUAGGGAUCCCAAAAUCAAAUUCUCCAGAUAACAUAGUGGUUGUUGUUACUAAUCCACCCACCACUUCAACUACGGAGAAAGAAUUUGAAGGUGAACUUAAAAGUAUGGAUGAUGUAGUACUGGCAGUGGCACAAGGCAGAAAACUUGGACUCCAUAAACACCUUCCGCGUCAUUUCCGGUCAAGAUUACAUCAUGCUGUCAAUAAGAUCCAACCCAAUGACUGCCUUGUCUCAGAAUGGAGUGACUGGUCCCCCUGCUCGGUGACUUGUGGCUUCGGUGACAAAUACCGCCAACGGACCGUACUGAGGCAGAAAAAGGCUGGCGGAAGGGACUGUCCGAAACUCAGUGAUAGAAAACAUUGUGGUAACAUCAACUCUUGCGCACAUAUCGAUUACUUUGAGUGGUAG